UAAGCGAGGCGGGAGCGAGUAACACCGAAUCCAACAACAACAGAGACCCGCUGCAUAGACACACAAAUCUCUACACAUCGGUUUUCUCCAUACCAUAGCAUUUUCUAUACAGCAAUCUUCCCUAUACACUUAAUAUAAUAUUACUGGAUAAGAAUAUGUCGGAAGAAAGUGAGAUAGAAAGUAUUGUCCCUAGUGCCCUCAACACUGGGACUGAACCAGGAACCCUAGUGGAGGUGAAGUUUCAGAAAAACACCUAUCAAAUCCAGAAGUACCUGGAGGCAGAACCAAAAGCUUUAGGGGUAACACAGAUUAUGCUGGGUCUCUUUAUCAUGAGUAUCACAUUAUCUAUCACUGAGUAUUUUGAUGGCAAGAUUAUCAAUGCUGUCUCUUCCUCAGCUAACAUAAUAGCUGGUAGUGUGGCGAUAGCAGCAAAGAAUCUUCACCUUCCUAGAUGUCCUCUUGUUCUCUGGCAGCUGAAAGCUUGCUUGGGGCUGCAGGUUGUGGUGUGUGUGGCAUCAUUGUUCAGCAUCCUAUUCAACUUGGGUGAAAUGGGAAGUUAUCCUGUUAUUAACUUCUGCUGGCAGGAAGAGCUGAAUAGCACAGACACAGACACAGACAAAAACACAGACACACAGACAAUGAAUGUGUGUGACAGGUAUUGGUUCAUUGUUGGGCAUAUCAAAGGAAUAGAGAUACUUGUGCACGUGACUCAGAUUGCUCUCUCUGUCACCUUGGCUGCCUUCUGCUGCAAAGUAAUUCAGUGCUGCUCACCAAGGAAAAAUGUGCCUGUUAUUAUGGUGAACACCCUCGGGUCCACAGUGAUGGCAGAGUCACAACCCAUUUAACCGCAGCUUUGUUUUUACACACAUACAUUACAAAUGUACUUACAUUUACUAAUACUAACAUAUGGUUACAUGUAUACAGUCUAAAAGAAACAUCCUUAGCUAUAGUAUGUUGAAUGUGGAAAAGGGUUUAAAAUACAUUAAAAUGCAAUGCAAUACUGUGAUGCUAAUUAUGUAUUCCUAGAGGUUUUAGCAGAUUAUUGGUUUAUUUAACACAAAGUCACGUUCUGUUAUAGUGCUUGUAUGUAGUAAGUAGUUAAGGCACUGGGAUGUAGAUUGGAGGAUUGCGGAUGAAACUCUUAACCCUGAGCAAAGCCCUUAACCAUCUCUGCUUCAGGGGAGCUGUAUCAUGGCUGAACCUGUGCUCUGACCCCAACCUCCAAAGUCGGGAUAUGCAAAGAAAGAAUUUUACUGUAAUGUCAGGAAUAUAUGACAAAAUAAAGGCUUCUAUUCUAUCUAUCUAGGUAUUUGCAAACUCAUAACAAUUAGUUAAAUAAGACCUGAGUGGAGAGGGCAAACCAGGAGAGGGCUUUUCCCUCUAAUUACAUGGCAAUGACUAUUUACUAUUUUAGAUUAUGAAAAAUAUUUCCCUAUUAAUUAUUUAGUCUUCAGUAUAAAGAUUUUCUAAGAUGCCGAUAUGAUAUCAUGUGUCUGUAAAACCAAUGCAUGGAUUUUACAAUACAGAAAAGCAUGACAAAGAAUGUGACAAAACUAAUGUCUGAGCCACAUUGAUGCAUUCUGCCAUGCAUUCUGUCAUGUCAUGUGUAAUUACUUAACACUUUACAAAAUUUCACUUAAUUUCUUGAGAUUGCUCUGCAAAGAUUUUCUAAGUACAGAUAAAACACUCUUACACAAUCAGCAAUAGUGUGAAAUGCCUGGAACUGAAUUAAUUCUGAAUGACAUAGCAAGGCUACUUGAUUCCUGACAGUGUCCAGUUGUAGUAAACGAAUGGAACACUGUGUCCAUGGGACAGUAUAAUAGACUGUAUUAUGUGACUGGACUGAGGAUAAUAACCUCAUUCAAUGCAGCUACUAUACUUUUGAAUGUCACAUAUCCUGCCAGACCAUAUGGUAUAUGGUUAAUCAUAUACAGACUCAAAUUUUAUUCUCACUGCAGUGAAAUAUGACUGACUUUUAUUUACCAGUUCUUAAGUGUAAGGCACUAGUGAAUGAUCAGAGAUACAAAAUGAC